AUGGAGUUAAUCGACAUACGCUGGUGCAUGGCUAGCGUAAUCAGGAGAGCGCAAAGAUUUAUGGAGAUAACGGGAAGAAAUUCCAUCAAUGGGCCUUCAAAAAAGUUGGGGUUUGAUAAAUCAAAGGCUAUAUAUCACCGCAAUCGAGAAGAGCCUCCAAGAAUGAAACAAAUCGAAGAGACUCCGAAGGAGAAGACGAGAGCCUUAGCUGUAAUUCAAGAUGACGAAAGUUUUGACUGGAGUGAGUUUUUACCAGAAGAUGAUGCUGUAGGUUAUGCAUUCAUGGCAAAAGUUGAACCAUACAAAGAUACACGAACUGAAGAGCAAAAAUACACCUAUCGGAAGAUGAUAGCUCAAACUAUGAAGGAUAGCAACUAUCGAGCCUGGAAAGAAGCCAAAAGGGCAAACAGAUGGGAUCCUGAUCGUGAGUGCUAUUUGGACCCAAAAGGCAACAUAAUUGCUGAACCAUCAACACCCGUAGUUGAAACUCUCAUUGAAUCUUUGAAACAAGAAGAUGAACAGAGAGAGAGAGAUGCUGCAAAGAAAGCUGAAGAGGAAGAGCUAAAGUCAAGGAAAUUCGACGAUGGGAUAAUCGACACAACAAAAGAAAUGACCGCAGAGAACCUGACAAAUAUGGCAGACAAAGUGCUUAGGGCAAAGGAACUAGAGGUAGAUUCCAAAACUGCGUCUGAGUCAAGAAGCAAGGUCAGUAAAAGUGGUUCAAACAAUGAAUCAGGUAAGACUGGUAAAGCUAAAACUGAGAGUGAUUGCAAAAAUUGCAUGAAAGAUUGCAAAGUUUGCAGCACGAAUGCAUAUCUCACAGUAAAAAACACAGAAGAACUGGUUGGAAAAGUCAGAAUGGUUGAAGAACAAAUCUUAAGUCGAGAUAAACUGAUGAGAGCUUCAAAUGAGAGAAAAAAAGAAUUAUCAGAAAGAAUUGAAAAAUAUAAAACUGAUGUAGAACGAUUUAAGAAAGAAAAUGAGAAGUUAAUUCAUGAAAACCGACAACUUUCUGAAAAUCAUGAGAAGCUGAAAAGAACAAUAAAAGAUUCUGAUGAGCGAAAUGGUAAAACAUAUAAAGAAAAUCUUCAAUUGUCUGGAGUUCUUCAGGCAAAAGAAAGACAAAUCAACCAGCAGUUGGAUGAGAUUGCAAAUCUUAAGCUUCAGUUUCAGGAAGCUAAGAUUGAGAAUGAAAGAAUCAAUCUGAAACUGAACAGUUACAGCUCCGCGAGCUUUGUUCUUCAACACAUAGUUCCCAAACCAAUUGGGAAGAACAAAGCUGGUGAAGAUGUAUACUCAGAUGGAACCGGGAGAAGGUCUGGAUUAGAUAAUGAAGAUGAAACAAAUGAGAAAACAAAUGAUGUAAAACUUCCAGAAACAAUCGAUGUUACACUCACUUCAUCAUCUGAUGAAGACAGUGUUCAGUCUGAAGUCGUAAAAAAUGUGGUUGAAAAUGUUUUAAAAUCAGAUAGUGAAUGA